UGUUGGUAUUUGGUGAAAAGCGGGCCGGAUGUUUUUAUGACUCUCACUUCCUGGACCUCCCGUCGAAGCUGCAGACAUGAAAAGACGUCCUGAAAUGAAAAUGUUAUAAAGCAUUACAUCUUGAAUUACAGUCAUGUGACUUCAGCUGCAGGUCACUAAAUGACCUCAACUGAUAUCUAACCCACGUUAGACAUUUCCUGUAGUUUCCCAGCAUGCAACUUCUCCUUCAUCAGUUUCACUUUCCCUCUUGAGUUAUAGCCUAUGUGCUAAUACUGCGUGCAGAAGAAGACUCGUACAGGUGAGAGGAUUUCCUGCUGUCACUGUCACGAUGUUAGCAGCACCUCUCCUGCUGUUGCUGUUCCUUCCCUUUCCUUCCUCAUCAGGAGCUCAGCUACCAAAUGAAGGUCAAGCCCAGAAUGUCCCCAUAGCCACCAAUGGCCAGCCAUUCCCCUGGGACCGCAUGAGACUCCCUAAAACCGUCUCCCCCCUCCACUAUGACCUGACUAUCCACCCCAACCUGACCACCCUAGACUUCACCGGCGUUGUUCGUAUCCAGCUGGAAGUGCACGAAGACACCAGCACCAUCGUUCUCCACGCCAAGCAGUUACAGAUAUCCAGUGUGUGGCUCCUCGCACCUGAAGGUGUGAGGCCUCUCCAGGUGUUGGAGUAUCCUCGUUUCCAUCAGCUCGCCCUCCUGUCAGACCGGGUGCUGACCAAAGGUAGGAGGUAUGAAGUUCAGCUGGAGUUCGCUGCCAACUUUUCUGCCAGCUUCCAUGGUUUCUACAAGAGCAGCUACCGCACCAGCAGUGGGGAAGUCCGGGUUCUGGCAUCCACGCAGUUUGAAGCCACCUUUGCUCGAUUAGCCUUCCCCUGUUUUGAUGAGCCCGCCUUCAAAGCCAACUUCACCAUACGGAUUAUACGAGAGCCACGCCACAUAUCCAUAUCCAACAUGCCCAAGGUGAAAACUGUGGAGCUGCCGGGCGGUUUGCUUGAGGAUCACUUCGACACCACUGUAAAAAUGAGCACUUACCUGGUGGCCUACAUUGUGUCUGACUUCCUGUCUGUGAGCAAGACCACCAGGCAUGGUGUGAAGAUUUCAGUGUACGCCGUACCUGAGAAGAUCGACCAGACAUCCUAUGCGCUGGAUGCUGCUGUCAAGCUGUUGGACUUCUACGAUGACUAUUUUGAUAUUCCUUACCCACUUCCCAAACAGGACCUGGCUGCUAUCCCUGACUUCCAGUCAGGUGCGAUGGAGAACUGGGGGCUGACCACCUACAGAGAGACGGGACUCCUCUUCGACCCUGACAAGUCCUCCGUUUCAGACAAACUAGGCAUCACCAAGGUCAUCGCCCAUGAGCUCGCACACCAGUGGUUUGGGAACCUGGUGACGAUGGAGUGGUGGAAUGACCUGUGGCUCAAUGAGGGUUUCGCCAAGUUCAUGGAGUUUAUUUCUCUCGACAUCACCUACCCAGAGCUGCAAGUGGAUGACUUUUUCUUGGGGAAAUGUUUUGAGGCCAUGGAGGUAGACUCCCUCAGCUCCUCCCACCCGGUCUCCACCCCCGUGGAAAACCCCACGCAGAUCCAGGAGAUGUUCGACGACGUCUCGUAUGACAAGGGAGCCUGUAUUCUGAAUAUGCUGCGGGACUUCCUGACUCCUGAGGCUUUUGAGAUUGGCAUCAUCCGAUACCUCAAGCGCUACAGCUACCAGAACACUGUCAAUAGCCACCUGUGGGAGAGCCUUACCGAUGUCUGCAACUCUGAUGAUCUGGACGAAGGCCGAAUGAAACACAAAGAAUUCUGCUCCAAGCGCGACCUCCAGUCUGGAGCCUCUAAAUGGUACUCCGGUGAUGAUCUAGAUGUCAGGGCCAUCAUGGACACCUGGACGCUGCAGGAGGGCUUCCCGCUGGUCACUGUGGAGGUCAGAGGUCGGGAGGUCAGCCUCAGUCAGGAGCGGUACCUGAAGACAGACGACCAGUCCCUCACUGAAGGAUUCCUGUGGCAGAUCCCACUGACCUACAUGACCAGCGCCUCCAACAUCAUCCACCGCUUCCUGCUUAAGACAAAGACUGAUGUCCUGUACCUGCCGGAGGAGGUGGACUGGGUGAAGUUCAAUGUGGACAUGAGCGGCUACUACAUGGUCCACUACGCAGGCGAGGGGUGGAACUCCAUUAUCAAACUUCUGCAAUACAAUCACACAGCCCUGAGCAGCAACGACCGUGCCAGCCUCAUCCACAACGUCUUCCAGCUGGUCAGCACAGAGAAGGUGCGGCUGGACACGGCCCUGGAGCUGUCUCUGUACCUGUCUAAAGAAACUGAGGUCAUGGCUGUGACUCAGGGCUUUGGAGAGCUCGUCCCUCUUUACAAACUGAUGGAGAAGAGAGACAUGGCUGCUCUGGAGAACCAGAUGAAGGGCUACAUUGUGGAUUUGUUCCGGGGGCUGAUUGGUCGGCAGGAGUGGACUGACUCUGGGUCAGUGUCUGAGCGAGUGCUGAGGAGCUACCUGCUGCUGUUCGGCUGCGUCAGGAACUAUGCUCCCUGUGUGUCAAAAGCCACCGAGCUCUUUAACAGGUGGAGGGAGUCUGACGGCACCAUGAGCCUCCCUGUUGACAUCACCAUGGCCGUGUUUGUGGUUGGAGCUCGAACACCAGAGGGGUGGGACUUCCUGUUUGAGAAGUACAGCAGUUCGCUGCAAAUGUCUGUAAAGAGCCGCAUGAAGAGUGCAAUGGCCGUCAGCCCUCUGCAGGACAAGCUCAAGUGGAUGAUGCAGCAGAGCCUCCUCGGUGAGGUGAUGAAGACUCAAGACCUUCCGAACGUUGUCGUCUCUGUCGGUAGGAACCCUCGUGGCUACAAACUAGCCUGGGACUUCCUUCGAGCCAACUGGCAGAUCCUGAUCAAGAAGUUUGACCUGGGCUCGAACACUGUAUCAUCCAUGGUGACGGGGGUGACCAGCCAGUAUUCUACCAGGGAGAUGUUAGAUGAGGUGAGAAGCUUCUUUGGCUCUCUGACUGAGGAGUCGGGCUCAGAGAUGAGAUGCAUCCGGCAGACCUACGAGACCAUCGAGGAUAACAUUCGCUGGAUGGACAACAACCUUCCUCUGCUGCAGGCCUGGCUGGACAAACGCAGCCACAAAAUCGUCCAUGAGGAUUUAUAGCUCCAGGGGGAAACUAAAAAAGUCUAGAUUGGACAGUUCGCUAAAGGCAGAAACUACAAGAGGGGUGGAAGCAACUCGCAAGACUUGAAGCAUCUCUUGGAAUCAGACUUGAAUCACAAAUUUGAUAACUUUAUAUUUGAAUACAAAACAUUUGGAUGCUGUGUCAUUAUUAAUUACCCAAAACCUGACUGAGCUGACUUGGAAUGUGUCAACACUUAGGACUUACUUGUGACUCAAAACAAUGACUUCCUGCCACUUCUGUGAACUAUGUGACCCCCAUAUGGUGAAGGUCUGAGGGGGCAACAUCCCAGAGAAAUGAAUAGUCGUGACACCUGAACGUGCGUGUGUGUGUGUGUGUGUGUGUGUGUGUGUGUGUGUGUGUGUGUGUGUGUGUGUGUGUGUGUGUGUGUGUGUGUGUGUGUGUGUGUGUGUGUGUGUGUGUGUGUGUGCGCGUGUUUUGAAUUCAGUGUUUCCUGUGUGAAGUCUCUGUUUAUGUGAAGUUUAUUUUCAGUCAUGCUUCAUUAUCACUGCAGAAAGCAACAUCAUAAAUAUAGCACAGCGUAACUAUAAUAUACUGCAAAUUGGAUAUUUAUUUUUGAUCAAACAUUUAGAUCCCACAGCACUCACCCAACAUAACAGAAGGCUCCAUCUGAAUGAAUGCUGAAACUUAGUUACCCUAAUACCAUUUUAAGGUUUGUUGAACCUUAAUUGACCUAAAUAUGUUUACAGUUUAAGAACAAACUGCUGUAAGAUCACAUCAGAUCCAGUUCUCACACUGUUUGCUUCAGUUUCCAAUAUUGGGAAUACAUGAAUUUGCCACACUGGUAGCAUUUUCAACUUUUUAGAAAUUCUUAAAUAGAUGACCAAAUAAAAGGAGUGUGUUGUUAGAAAAAGUAUUUUGUUUUAUUCAACACAAUAAUGUAUGUCUUAUUUCUAUGCUUCUGUAAAAUACUCUGUAGGACAGGAUUCAUAGAAAUUGGCGUAUUUUGUGUUAGUUUAAUUAAAUAAUGCACCAAUACAGGUCAUUUGACUU